AUGGAGUUAUAUGACAUUUGUCCGUCCGAGCUUGUGUUCAAAGAAACCGUUCACACCUUGAGUACUCAACUGUUUUUCUUGUUGUGGUUCGCGGCCAUUGUUCAUCGUGGAAGGGGUCCCCGACGUUACUACGAGCCGGAAGACCGUGAACUGGACAUCCAUGUUCUCGAAUCGACUGCAUACCGCCGCUUGAAAGACAGAGGCCUCUGCGAUAGUGGUAUUGUACCCAACUUCUUGGGAGCGAUCAGGAACCUGGACCCGUCCUUAUACGGGUCGAAUCUCAGCAUGUUUUGGGGGGACAAAUAUCCCCCAAGCGCAAUAUUCCUGGAAUACAUUCCAAAUGUGGAAAUGAUUCAUCUGCACAACUUCACAGAAAAGCGGAUGGAUGGAUUUAUCCAAGGAAUUCAUGAAAUCCACCAGGCUUCAGUAUGCCAUCUAGACCCGAGACCGCGGAACAUGAUGGUAGUCCGAGAUGAUCCUGAGAGAGUGAUUUGGAUGGACUUCGACCGAGCAGAGACCUAUGACUGUGAUGAUUUAACUGAUGAACAAAAACACAUUUUGCAAGAAGAAGAAGUAGUAGUUAAAGAGUUAAAGCAAUGCUUGCAAGCAAGCUGA